CUGAUUAUGCUGUAGAUGCAAUUUAAAAUCUGUAAAAUGUAAUUUGUAGCGUUUUGAGAACUCCUGAACGAUGUUUAAUGAUAACAAAAACAAACGUUUUUCACUUUGUAUCGGUAAAUGAUUCACAUUUAUUAUUAUUAUUAUUAUUAUUAUUGUUUUAAUACAAUACUUAGAUGGGAUAUUAUUAAUUUUUUUUUAAUAUUAUUGAUACGGUACCGGUACCGGGGCACAUCAAACAUUUAUUACAUUUUGAAAAUCGUUAUUAUUGUCGUCAUCGUCGUCGUCGUCGUCGGCUUUUCACAAAACCCCGACGUUGAUCAAUAUCGUUGGUUUUCCGAAUUCUUGUCGGCUUUAUGGCGUACAAACUUAGUUCCGUCCUCUAUGGACACGUAUUGGAUGUCCGCGGACUGGCCACCGGAUCUGACGGUUACAUUGUAUCCGCAUCUAGAGACAAGACUGCCAGACUUUGGAAACCGAACAGUGAAAAUGCUGGAUUCACUGAAGUUCAAACAUUCAAAGGCCAUACUAACUAUGUAGUAUCAGUCGCAAUAUUAAAAAAAUCUGAUAUUUUACCAAAUGGUCUUAUUUUAACUGGCGGUAACGACACAUUUAUGUGUGGAUUUUUUCCUGAAUCAUCAGCACCAGUUUUUUUGAAUACUAGUCAUACAAAUACUGUGUGUAAAAUUAUUCCUGGUAUAUUACCUAAUACAUUUAUAACCUCUUCAUGGGAUAUGAAAGCACGCCUAUGGAAAAUAAGAGUCAAUUCUGAUCAUACUUAUCAGCCAGUAUUGCUAACAAUUUUUAAAGGACAUACAGCAGCUGUUUGGUCUUCAAUACAACUACCUACAAAUCAAGUCAUAACUUGUUCAGCAGAUAAAACUUUACUUAUACAUAAUAUUUUAAAUGGUGAUCCAGAAAAUUCAUCUGUUGCUAUAAAAAAAUUAACUGGUCAUACUGACUGUGUUAGAGAUUUAGCAGUUUUAUUGGAUAAUGAAUUUCUGUCAUGUUCAAAUGAUGCUACGGUAAAACGUUGGAGUGCAGUAACUGGUGAAUGUUUAGAAACAUUUUAUGGUCAUCCUAGCUAUAUUUAUAGUUUAAGUGUUUUCUGUGGAACCGAUAUGACUAAUUCAUUAGUUGUAACUGGUGGAGAAGAUAGAUACCUAAAUGUUUGGCAAAGUUCUGAACAACAAGUUAUACUACAACCAGCACAAAGUAUAUGGGCUGUAGCUAUUCUUCCAAAUACAGAUAUUGUUAUUGGCUCUAGUGAUGGUUUAAUAAGAAUAUUCAGUGCAGAUUCAAACCGACAAGCUACAAAUGAAGUCCAAGCAGCAUUCCAAGAACAAGUUGAUAAUGUUAACCAAGAGGCACAAAAAGAAGUUGGUGGUAUUAAAGUUGAUUGUUUACCUGGACCAGAAAUACUGUAUAAACCUGGAAAGAGUGAUGGCCAAAUAAUAAUGGUUAAUGAAAAUGGAAAACCUAUUUGUUAUAAGUGGUUAUCAAAUGAAUGUAAAUGGGAUAAAGUUGGAGAUGUUUUAAGUGCAUCUGAUCCAGAUAAAAACAUGCAUGAAGGAAAGGAGUAUGAUUUUGUAUGGAACGUUGAUAUAGAAGAUGGUAAACCCCCUCUUAAAUUACCUUUUAACAAAAAUGAAGAUCCUUGGGUGGUAGCUCAAGCAUUUAUACAUAAACACAAUUUACCACAAUCUUAUUUAGAAACUGUGGCAAACUUUAUAAUUUCAAAUUCAAAAGUUAAUCCUCAGCCACUACCUGCUAGCCAAGGUUAUGUAGAUCCUUAUACUGGAGCUGCUAGGUAUGUACCGCCAAGUAACGAUACUUCUUCAUCUGGAACGAAUGGUCAAAACCAUUUUACUGAACAGUUAGGUCAAGUAUCUUCAGGUUACAACAAGUUUUUCCCUCAAACUAAUUAUUUAAAAUUCGAUCAAGCUAAUACUACAACCAUUUUAAGUAAGAUUGAAGAAUUUAAUAAAAAAGCAGGCGACUCAUUUAAUAAGCUCAACCAAAGUCAACUUAAUUCUCUUGUGAAACUUUGUGAUGAAAAUAUUGAUCCUGACGAUGGUACUAUAAAGAUACUAAUUAGCUUACUUGAUUGGCCCAAUGAUAUUUUAUUUCCUAUAUUGGAUAUUACAAGACUGGCUGUACGUAAUAAGCAUGUAAAUGAUUUAUUGUGUUCAAACAAUUUAAUCAUGGAUAAAUUAUUACCGCACAUUUAUAAUAUUGAAAAGCCUACUAAUCAAAUGUUGGCAUUUAGAUGUCUAUGCAAUCUUAUGCAUCAUGAAAAAGGAGAACUUCUCGUAGUGAAAUACUAUGAAGAGUUCUUAAGACUUAUUCAAAAUUUAUCUAAUCAAAAUCUUUCUCAAAAACAACUUCAAAUUGCUGUAGCCACAUUGAUGCUGAAUUUCAGUGUUAUGAUUAAACAAUCUGAUGAUGAAAUAGCUGUGCAAACCGUGAAUAACACCAUAAAUAUGGUAUGUCCAAAACUAACUGAACCCGAAGCAAUGUUCCGUUGUUUUGUAGCUAUUGGUACCUUAUUAUGUUUAAAAUAUCCUCCGACUUUGUCGGAACAAAUUAAAGAUUACAUUGAACUGAUGGCAUCAAAUUCGGAACCAUCAAAGGUGUUGUCGUGUUGUAAACAUUUGAUGACAAUUAUUAGAAAGUAAUUGAAUAAAAAAAAAUAUUAUAAAUAUAUUUUAUACGUUAUUAUAAAUUGAAAUGUAAGAAUGGAAAUAAAUUGUUAAUAAAACAUUAA